AUGGCAAGUGAUUUGGUACAGGCUAAAAUGGAAAUUAAAUCAGCUGGUAUGAGUCGAAAUUAUUUCUGCGUCGAAUGCAAAUGCACCACACGAAAUCCUCGAUUGUAUUUAGAGCAUCGUCGUGAUUUUCACAAAGAGCCAAUUUCCAUUCAUGAAUGUAAACUAUGUAUUUAUGCAUCAAAGCAUUCACAAAAAUUGGCACGUCAUUUGCGAACUGUUCACCGAGACGUCGUUCAAAAUAUUACUGUUCAUUCGGCUUGGAAUCCGUCAUUCAAUUCACCCACACCAGAUGGUUUUCAGUCGGUGAUAAACACCGGGAAAAAUACACGUUUAUCAACGUGCAAAUUAUGCGGCCUGUACACAGUGAAUAAAACGAUUUUAAUCGAACAUGUUCGCGCACAGCAUCCGGAUGUACAAAUUUUUGAAUGCGAUCAAUGCGAUUACACGCAUUAUAUUCGCGAUCGCUACAAUCGACAUCAUCGAUAUCAUUCAAUGAAUCAAAUUCAAUGCAAAAUGUGUGAAUUUCAAACAAUUUACAGAUGGAAUUUGGAGCGUCACAUGAGACAUCAUGUCGAUAAUAUUUCAUUGGGCUUUCGAUGUAAUAAAUGUAAUUUCACCGCGUCGACAAAACAAAGUAUUACCGCACAUGAAAUUGCUCAUCAUAGUGGCCUACAAUUGCAUGGCAACUUAAUCAUUAAAAGCGAAACGAACAUUCUGCCGGACGAAGUGCGUCCAAGCAUAUCAACAGCAGAACCACAAUUAAAGCAGGAACAUUUUGAAGAUAAUACGAUCGAUAAAAAUGAUAAUGAUACGGCCAAUGAUAAUGCAAAUAAUGCCGAUACACAAACUGAAGAGGGAAGUGAUUUUGAUGCAAGCGAUUUUCUAGAAGUUGUUAUGGAUGAAGAAUCGCAACCGACGUUGAAUAAUACAAACUUUUCGUUGGAAAGUACAACCGUUCAGUGGAAAAAUAUUACAAUAAAACAGGAAAUGCCAACUGAACCGAAAAAUUCACAAAAUACCAGUUAUUUUCACUGUGUCAACUGUAAUUUUCGCAAUGAAAUCGAAGUGCACAGUGCUGAGGAACGUCCACAAAUCUUACCAAAAACUAAAAUAAUAUCGACGGGCCCGAUAUAUCGUUGCGGAUAUUGUCAUCAAAAAUCACAGUGGAAACAUGUUAUUGAGCGUCAUUGUCGAUUGGUUCACAGUUCAAUUGCAAACAUUGAAAAGUAUUCGGUUAAAGACGACACAUUCAAAACUUUUACUCCAACCAAACGUCGACUCGAUCCUUCAACCGACAAUUUUCCAUCGCCAAAGAAACAAGUGAAGGAUGAUAACAUUGAAAUGAAUUCGCAGACGGAAAUAAAACCAUUUAUUGACACUUCUAUCUUUCAGAAUUUGAAUUGA